GCGAGAUCCGAGGAGACCUCUUCCUGAUUGGCACCGGCCGUGGGCGGGGCCUCCGCUGGCAACAUGGCGGAGAGUGAAGGGGAGACCCUGGAGUCCUGGCUGAAUAAAGCCACAAAUCCUUGUAACCGUCAGGAGGAUUGGGAAUACAUUAUCAGUUUCUGUGACCAGAUAAAUAAAGAGCUUGAGGGGCCACAGAUUGCUGUCAGACUGUUGGCUCACAAAAUCCAAUCUCCACAAGAAUGGGAAGCUAUGCAGGCCCUCACAGUGCUGGAGGCAUGUAUGAAGAACUGUGGGAGAAGAUUCCAUGGUGAGGUUGGGAAAUUUCGCUUCUUGAAUGAGUUAAUUAAAGUUGUGUCUCCAAAGUACUUAGGAGACAGAGUGUCGGAGAAAGUGAAGAGCAAAGUGGUGGGCCUUUUGUAUAGUUGGACAGUGGCUCUUCCUGAAGAGAACAAAAUAAAGGAUGCCUAUCAGAUGCUGAAAAGGCAAGGUAUUGUUCUGUCAGACCCAGUAAUCCCAGUGGACCACACUUUGAUCCCAUCACCUCCAGUCCGCCCUAAAAAUCCAAUUUUUGAUGAUGAUGAGAGAUCUAAGUUGUUGGCAAGAUUGCUGAAAAGUAAGAAUCCAGAUGACCUGCAGGAAGCCAACAAGUUGAUUAAAUCCAUGGUAAAAGAGGAUGAGGUGAGAAUGCAGAAGGCUAGUAAGCGUGUUCACACUCUGGAGGAAGUGAAUAAUAAUGUGAAGCUGCUGCAAGAGAUGCUGACACAUUACAGCAAAGAAGAGUCAUCAGAGGGGGACAAGGAACUUAUUAGGGAGCUGUUUGAGAGAUGUGAAGCGAAGAGACUCACUUUGUUUAAAAUGGCUAGUGAAACUGAAGACAAUGAUAGUAGCUUGGGGGAUAUACUCCAGACUAGUGACAAUUUAUCACGUGCUAUUAGUUUGUUCAAGAAGAUUGUUGAAGGGCAAGACAUCAAUGGGGAACUGGAGCUCUCAGAGACCGCGCACAGUAAAGCAGAGGCAGAGUCCAGCGCAGACUUCUCAACACUCAUUGAUUUAGGAGGGUUCGAGUCUUCUUCACCAGUUGUGGAUUCAGAGCCACUUCCUGUAGCAGAAAAGUCUCCAUCAGCACUGAUUCCCAUCCUUCCUCCUCCUCCAAUCAUACCUACGCACUCCCACACGAGAUCCACUCCAAUAGACCAGGCUCUAAUUCAAAUGAGCAGUGCAUCCAACUCUGUGUGUUUGCUUGAUGAGGAGCUGCUACACCUAGGUCUGGAUGAUCCUCCUUCAAAUGGAACCCCAGAGUUAGCGUCAAACGCUAAGUGUGAUAUAUUCCAGGUGGACAGUCAAGAAAUUGAUUUCUUCAUAGGAUCUGCACUGGAGCCUGUGAUCACCAAAGCCAUCCCCUUGCUAGCACAGCCAGCAAAACCAAUUGUUGCCCCAACUAUUACAUCCCAAUCCACUCCCACUGCUUAUCCUCCAUUGUUUAAUGCUGCCCCAGAAUUAUGUACAGCAGUGGCGGCGCCUGCUUCUCCUGCUGGGGGCAUUGUGAUGCAUGAAUUAGAAGUGCUUGGGCAGCAGCUUCUACAGGAGGCAAAAGGGGCAUCGGCAAAGACCACAAGCUCUUCUGUUGCUUUAAAUGCUAUGCCCACCUUUUCAGUGGUGAAACCUCAAAAUCAUGUCACAGCUGUAACUCCUUCUUCUGCAUAUUGUUCUGUGCCAGUGGCCCCUGGUAGCUUUGUUUUUCCACUACAUCAGCAGGAAAGCCCACAGAAAGGCUCCCUUAUAUCCUUGGCUAAUGUGACAGUGCCACUGGAAACAAUAAAAACAAGUUCCCUCCUGCCAGUGACUGCUUAUGAUAAGAACGGUUUCCGCAUUCUGCUGCAUUUUGCCAAGGACUGCCCACCCGACCGUCCAGAUGUUUUGGUUGUAGUAAUCUCUAUGCUGAACACAGCUCCUCUGCCAAUACAAAAUAUUCUUUUCCAGGCAGCAGUUCCCAAGACAAUGAAGGUGAAGUUACAGCCUCCUUCUGGGACAGAGAUGGCAGCAUUCAAUCCUAUCCUACCCCCUGCAUCAGUCACACAAGUCAUGUUGCUGGCAAACCCACUUAAGGAAAAAGUGCGGCUCAGGUAUAAGCUAUCAUUUACAAUGGGAGAAGAAUUUGGCACAGAGGUGGGAGAAGUGGACCAGUUUCCAAGCCCAGAUCUCUGGGGAAAACUAUGACCCUGAUUUUUGUUGUCAACUUCAGACUGUGAUAGAGAAGUGAUUUUGCUUCAAUAUGCAGGUUGUUUACACGUCUUCAGCAUCUAGGCAGUGAAAAACUGGAUGUAGUGAGAGUGAUUGAGACCCUCACAGCACUUUAUUUGUACUCUUCCGAGUGGACUCAUUGAUUUCCCUUCUGUGUCCAGAGCUUUCUAAAGCAUUGAUACUACUGUUGUGUAAUGAUAUGCAAGCCUUUCUUUUGUCUAAACCAUUGCGGCUAGAAAGCCAAUGGAUUGGUAUAGGGCACAGAGGCUUUGACAUACGUUUAUACGUUUUUGUAGGCAGUAUUAUUCUCGUUUUGUUUUGUUAAUGUAGAAUCCAAUCUACAACUAAUCUGUUAUUCUCACUAGUGAAAAAAAAAGCAAAUAUAGUCAAAUUUUUCUGCCUUUUGAUAAGGUAAGUUGUAGGAUGUCUGGAAGCUGACGGAACCAAGGCUUCCGUCAAGCACAGGAGGCUUCCACUGCCCAACUCCCAUAUGCAGUGCUAUUUCUACAGCAGAUUACAGCUUGAUAGUAUCAGGCACAAUGAAGUGCCUGCCCUCCUUUUUUUUACACCUCUUCCAAGCACCAGGCAGUGGCAGCCUCCCACACUGGAGCUCUGACAUUAAAACACCCACCCUGACAAAUUAUGUUUAAGAGUAAAACAUAUGUGACCCUCCACAAACACAUUUAUCUAAAGGAUACUAUCAUACUGGAUUAUCCAAUACUGGAUACACUGGCAUGGGCAGACAGACUUUACAGCCCCUCUGGACCCAGUGAUUUAAGAGUUACUGUGCAUGGUUUGCCUUAUAGAUGAAAGAACUUCUCAUCUCCCUGCUAGGUGGCAUGGGGACAGGUAGUCCAUGCAUGUACACUCAGAUCGCCGGGUCCAGUAAGGAUAUAGAUGUUGUGCAGCCAAAGGCAGGCUGCAGGAGUGUGAAGUGAAGAAUACUCAGCUGGAGGUAAGCACUAUUGUUGAGAGGGCAUUCUUAUUACUACAGGUAGUAUUUUCUUUAUCUCAGAAGCAAAAAGGCAGACCACCUACAACAAUACAUAUGUAAAAAAUCAAUUUGGAUAAUUAUGCUGGUUAUCCUAGCGGUCUUGGCAGUGUCAAUUUACUCUCAAGCGACCAAAGAUUUGUUUUUGUUUUUUCAUUUUAGUUUGACAUGUUCCUGUUCUGUAAAAGCCAAUAAUGUUUGCCUUCAAUAUCUGUUAAGAUAAGUAUGAAAGGUUCUGUAAGCGUAUGCAUUUGUUUAUAUGAGAUUGGGUUUAGAACAAAAAAAAACAUAACUGUUGGAGAUAUUUUGUGCAGUCUAUUAAUAUACAAGUUUCGGAAAUAGAGAUUAUUGUCAUGAAAGAAAGUAUAACGUUUAAUACUUUGCAGAUACCUCUAUUAAUUAAAAAGAUCAGUGUUCUGUACAUCAGCUUGUCUUUGCCCUAAUAGAGGCUAAAAUAUGGAUAACAAAAGUUCAUAUCAUUUUGUUUAAAGAUAUAGAUAUAGGUCAGUGAACUAUAGGGGACCAAUUCUUCUGUGACAAGUGACUUUGUAAUUGCUCUAAAAAGACAGGUUUGUCUUAUAAGCACAGUGGGAUAAUUUAUGGAAACUGGAGAAAAGCAACUAAUUAGGCUUCUCAUUUUAGAGCAAAGCAGAUUGGUUGCUAUAGGCAGCAGCCCUGCUUUUUUUGUCAUUAUUAAGCCCUUCCGCAUUCUUUUCAGUAAAACUGUACUGUAUUAUUAGCCUGCAAAUCAGACAGAUAUGAGAUCCUGUUUAACAAUACAGAAGACUUCUGUAAUAUUUGUUCAGUGCAAAUAUAUGGUAACAGGCUACAAAUCUGCAGUGUGAGUGUUGUGUAGAAGCCGAAGUUUGCAUGUUUAAUAAAGUUUUUGUCUUGUUUG